AUGGGUACAAGUGGUGUGGCAGAUUUAGCACAAAUGGAAAUGAAGUUUGUUGACACAAGCGACUCCGUAAACAUCAAGAUGGCGUCAAUCUUCGAAACAUUUUUAGUUAAGAAGGAUAUUAUUUUAGCUAGUAGUGCUGAAGGUUUAGUAUCAAGAUUAAUUGAGAAUAUUGUAUUUUCUUGUGUUAAUAGCUGGUUUGGCAGUUGGCUAAAGUGGUGUCCCACAUCGCUAAGUCUUUUGAGAGAAGCAGAGAAAGCACUUCUGUCCAAUCUCAGGAGUUCAUACAGAGGACGUUAUGUUAAUGUUGGCUGCACUACCGGAACAGAAGAAUCUUAUAUUUGGACUAUUAGUCUUAAUGAGCAGUCUCCCAAUACACCUCUAGUUCUUUUACAUGGCUUUGGCUCAGGAGUUGGCUUAUGGUGUUUAAAUUUUGAUUCUUUGGCUGCAAAUCGACCAGUUUAUGCUUUUGACAUUAUUGGUUUUGGUCGAAGUUCACGUCCCACGUUUACCAAAGAUCCUCUUGAGGCUGAGAGAGAAUUCAUCAUUAGCAUAGAAGCAUGGAGGGAAAAAAUGUCACUUGAUAAAUUUAUCUUAUUGGGACAUUCAUUUGGUGGUUUUCUUGCAACUUCUUAUGCUAUCAAGUAUCCUGAAAGAAUUGAACACUUGAUUCUGGCUGAUCCAUGGGGCUUCCCAGAGCGACCUUUAGAUGUUGGUGAACGUUACAACUUCCCCUUUUGGGUAAAAGCAAUUGGCGCAAUACUUCAGCCAUUUAAUCCAUUAUUUAUUGUGAGAACAGCUGGUCCCUUAGGACCAAAGCUUUUACAAAAAGCCCGCCCUGACCUUAUUCACAAGUUUUCUGGGAUGGUAAAGGAUGCUGAAGAAGUUAUACCAAAUUACUUGUAUCACUGUAAUGCUCAAGAUCCAACCGGAGAAUCAGCUUUCCAUACUCUAAUGGCUGGCUUUGGUUGGGCAAAAUAUCCCAUGAUUCAGCGAAUGGAUUCCUUAAGAAAGGAGGUGCCCAUUACAUUGAUUUAUGGUUCAAGGUCUUGGGUUGAUAGAGAUCCAGGCUUCCAAAUGAAGUACAUGAGGCCUAAUUCUUAUGUUGAUGUUCAGGUAAUACAGGGAGCUGGUCAUCAUGUUUAUGCGGAUAGAGCAAAUGUGUUUAAUGAUCGUGUCAAUACUAUUGGUCAUUAUGUCGAUACUGGAGUGCUUCCAGAUUUACCAGUUAUUUCACAAGAAAGAAAUGAACAAGAGGAUGCCAAGAAUGUUGCCCAAACCUUAACCAGUAUGCUAAGCGUACGUAAUGAUGAAAUCCACGACGAGUCUGUAGGUGAUCCAGGUCAUUCAAACCCCCCAGAGGUUGAAGUGGAUUAGGUUUUCAGGAAAGAUGUAUUUUGAAGGUUGGGAUACAUUCCAGAAAGUAUUAUUUGAUUGUAAGCUUGUAUAUUGAUGGAUGAUUUUAAUUCAAGAAAAGAUGAUCCUUGUUAUGUGAAGGGAGACAGAAGCUCUCUUGAAUGUAUCCUAUGACUUUUUGGAAAUAUAUUUUUGUAUAUUGUUCAUUGUUAUUAGAGGUUUUCAAGGGAGACCAGAGUUUUAUAUGCACUAUUCUCAAGAAAUUUGAAUUCAUUUAGGAACUUGACUAAAAAGGGAUCCAAUUUUUGUUUUUUAAUUCAGUACAUGCACUGUACACAAAUAUUAUUAUUAGAGACAUUAUUUAGAAAGUGAAGUAAGUAACUUCAACAUUAAAAGGUAGAUGAAAUAGCAAAUGAAAAAGGUUUAUCAGAUGGUUACUUUAUUAGAAAAUUUUUCUUUCAUUCAUGGAGUGAAGUUAUGCAACCAAAAAUUGAAUUGUCAACACAUUACUGUCAGAGACAGAUACUAAAUCUAGAAUUACCCAUAGCUAGUAAACUUAUUUAUCACAUAGUAUGUAUUUACAUUCAUCAAGUAGACAAAAGAAUGAGAGUAACUAAGGAGUGUUCAUGCAUGAGCACAUACCUGUAAUCCAUCAGUUGUGAGUAACUAUCCAUGACAUUCUGUAUGAUUUAUCCUCUUGAUUAUUAUUUACAUUUUUUUUUUACUUUUUUAUCCCUUUUACCAAAAGAAUGAUUAGUAAGUGAUCACUAGAAGAUAGUAGUUUUGCUGGCUUCUUGUGCACAUUUCAAAUUGCUCAUGCAUUCUGUUGAAAAUUGCAUUUCCAUUGUUACUAGUUAGUAAUUAAGUACAGGUAAUUACAAAUGUUUCUGAUCAUAUUUAUGUAAGAAGAUUUUUAUUUUUCUUGUAACAGCAUUUUUUGUUGCUUAACUACUGAGCAAGCUGGUUGGUAGUUAACAUAAGAGGUAAACUGAUUCAGUACUUCUUGUUUCAGUGCAAUGAAAUACUGGCAUUUUUCUUUUGAAUAACUUUUGUUGGUAAUUGGUAUCUGUCAUGUUUGCUUGUUUUUCAGCUGUAUAAUUUACUAGUAUUUGCUGUGGUUGCUGAAGUUGCUAUCUUAUGUGUAUUUGUGUUUGUCUCUUGGCCUUGUAUUGUUGUGCACUAGAAUGGUUGUUUAGCUCAUUGUAUGUAUGCAUAAAUGAAUUUGUCAGAGUUCACCUGGUAGGGUAUUUUCAAGCCUUCACAAGAUGCAGACCCUCAACUGUUGCAUUACGUUGAAGUCUGCCAACCAGUAGACUCACUAAAACAACAGUAUGAUGAACUAGCCAGAGAAGGAUCGGCUUUCUGUAUCUGAAGUGUUUGGAUUGUAUUGGAAUUCUUGACAUCUGGAUCUUCCUCAUCUUAGUCAAGGAGCAACAGUUUUCAACUGAUAUCGUUGCCUCCUGCUUAGCCUGUCAGCUCAGUUGACCUAUCGCUUGCUCACCCAACACCUAUUCUGCCCACUUCCCCCAGUUACUGGACCAUUCCUUUGACACAGCCUGUUUGUGUAACUGGUUGGCUAGCUGAAUACAACUGUUAUACCAAAUUUGCUAGUAUUGCCUCCUGUUUUAACAAAAAUCUUCUGCCUACUUGAUGCUAGAGGUGUUGGUUUUUCCACUGGCACUGUGCUCUGGAACCUCUUACUUAUACAAUGACAGCAGUUUGAUCAAUGCUUUAAAAGUGUUUGCUCUGCCUCCCAUACAUGCUGUGCAGGUGCUUGCAGCAUCUUUAUUCCUUUUGCCUCCUUCAAUGAUACCUAUAUGUAGUUUAAACUUCACGUGCUAUGCAUGUGAUACCUUUUGUGCUGCCUGCUCCUGCUUUACCUAUCAUUACUGCCAUUUACCCUUUGCUUGCUGUGUCAGUUGCUGCCAUUGUUCCUACAGUAGUACUGCCCAUGACUUGCUGCAAUAGCCAUACUUCUAUCCUGUCCACAGCUGCUGCUAUUGCUUUGUGAAUGUGUUUUCCUGCUGCCCUUUGUGGUUGAUUUUGCCCUUCCACUCCUGCUGCAAAUCCUGCUGUCAACAUUCCUGCUAUAUCACCUUCAGUAUCUGUCAAUGGAUAUGCUGAUAAUCCUUCCAGGCUCAAAUAUAUUCCCCUUCCUAAUACCAGCUAUCAUAGACCAUCCUAAGAGGUUCCCUCAACCAGAGUGGUUAAAGCAGAAACUUACAUACUUCAGAUGCCAAGCAUCAUUAUUAAGGGGACUUCUUCAAGGGGUCAUUGUAAUUUCAAGGAUUUUUGUUCCAACCACUCCACCAGUGUGACAAGGCUGAUGUUGCUGCCAAGUCAGACUUUGUAUAUGAUUGUGACUGUCUCCACCUCCAUCCAUCCUGAAAGGGAAGACAUUUAUUAGCAGCAUGAUUCAAGAUAAGGUUUAUAUCCUGGUGAUGGAGGCCUUGGAAGCUUUUCUAUACUGUCUCUCUUUAUCUUCCAGCAAUGAUGUUCUUGUCCAGAACAGGCACUCCCAGUCAUUUGAAUGGGAAGAGUUCACUGUUUUCAGUGGUUUCCUAGACCCCUUAUACCCUCAGAGGUCAAGGAGUUCUUUCCUAUGACACCUCUUUCUCCUCCUAUCCCAGUCACUCUACAGAGAGUCUGAGUUGAACUAACAUGUGAGAACAAUGAGGAAGCAGCCAGGCCCAUGCAAGAGAAAGCUUCAUUUUUCCAGUAAUAGACUGGUCUGCAAGACUUAGAUACUUGCACAACCAAAUUGACCUAAGGAGGAGAUUUCUGUAAUCAAAUUGUGUUCUAGAGAUUAUUCAUUUGAUUUCAGGUGGGCCUUUAAACUUCCUCUUUUAGUGCUUUAAAGGACACCUUUACUGACAUUAAGCUCAUGAUGGAGGUCUAGUGGCUACCCCCAAAACCUUUAAACUUUCCAUAACAUAGGCUCUGCAAGUUUACUGAAUUCAGGGUUCCUUGACUCAGUCUUUUAGGAAAUCUUAAUUCACUGAGAGUAUCACCAGAAAGAUUGUAUCCUUAGAUAGUUUUAAAUCCAGAGUGAGGUCCGGAUGUAAACAUGGAAGUCGGCCAUGUUGUAGGGCAGCUGCAUUGAGCAAAGGUGACUUACGCAAUCAUGACAAGAAGGUUUUGUCAGAACUUUGCAAUGAUGAACCUAUUAAUCCUUUAAAUAUGGUAAACACUUGCAGUCUGUUUGGGUGCCACAAUAGGUCAAACAGAGAUAGAAAAUCGCAUUACUCAUUUCCUGCUGUUGUGAGAAAUCGGGUAGAUAAAACUUAAGAGAUUCAUGAAAGAAGGAGAGCACUGUGGAUUUCCAGGAUAAACAGGGGUAAUUUUCAGCUGUCAAGACACACAAAAAUGACUCAAUGAAAUCAGCCUUCUGUUUGUGACUGUCCUUGCUUGUUAUUUUUCGUGAUUUGGUUCAUAAUUCGUUAGAAUAACAACGAAAUUUGACAUUUCCUUUGUUUACAAUACUUGACCUAAAACAAAGUGGCAGCUUAUCAGGUGCUCAUCUGCUGUGACAUCACAGGAAAACUAUCUUUACUCUGUUACUGAUUAAAAUGCCCUUACUGUGACAGAUACAGUGGAGAGGUUCCUGCAAGUUCUUGUCAGUUACCAAGUGAUGGAUCACUUUUGGCUUAGGAGGUGAAGUUUUCAGCUAAGUUGGCUAAGGUUAGGACAUUGAUUUAUUUUUUCUCUGCAAAACUUCCAUCCUGCACGUUAUGAUAUUGUACCUCUUGUCCCAAAGGCCUCUCAACUCUGCUUUCUUCUUGAGAUGUCAAGGACCUAAUGGUCCUUGACCCAAACUUGUUUAAGCAAAGGUUGGCCAAGAAGUUGCCAACACAACUGGGACACUGAUGCUGAACCUUUGUGCCUCAACCUCCAAACAUUUUUCUUACUUCUCAGGAGUGGUCACUUAUUUGUUUACAGACAUUUUGGAUGGUGUGGAAAGAGAUAAGGAAAGCCUUGAGUAAAGAAGGUGAUGCUGGUUACCAAUUCCCCUUUCUAGUAACAAGCCCCCCACCCCCCCCCCCCCCCCCCCCAAAUGAAGUGGAGUUGAAGAUCAGGAAACAAAUAUUCAGAGAUGCGAUAGAUGGGCAACAACAUAGUGGCCAAUCUCAGGAUCCAGGGAAGAAUUAUAGUGUAGUCUGAGGCCAACAAAGUUGAGAUAAUCCUAGGGUUCACUCCAGGAAUGAAAACAUCAAACACACCCUCAGGAGGGCAAAGCAUGCCUGUCUGCAAUUGGAGUGAUUACUCGAUGCGGAAAAUCUGCAAGGCCCUUUGGCAGUUUUGGGCCAUAUCACUAGUGUUUCUAAGUUCAUUGAGCUUGAACCAUAAACUCCCAGUGUGUUUGCUCAACACAACCACACCUGGCAGCCUGGAUGCUGAACAUCGUGCAUCACUGUUAAGAUAGCCUUGUCACAUGCCUUCCUUGUAUUUUGCAUGAUCAGAUACGUCCUAGCAAAGCUCCGAGCCUCCACCCUCUCCAAUGAAGUUGAUUUUUCCUCUAUGGGAUAGUAGAAUUGGUACCCUAGACCAUCUUCCUCAGCUGCUGGUAGUCCAUCCCAAACUCCUGCCAACCUGGAGGUGCCUGUGGCUGUGCAGUUGCUCCAAGUACACAUCCACAGGAACCCCCCACCUUCUUGCAUUGAGUCGGAAGUCGAGUCUUUUUGGAGUCACUACUGUAACUGUCUCCUGUUCCUCAGUCCUCAGUCUCUACCAACAAAAGGACAGAAUCUUUCAUGGGUGUGGUGAGAAAUGUCACCCCACUGAGCUUGUCUGUUUCUUUGAUUUCAGACGUUUUCAUCAACAUAUUGCUCCAGGAGUUGUCAGUUAGUGUCAAGAUUGCAGAGCGUCCUUCUCACAAGUGACUGCUUUGAGGGAUCUCAGGAGAUUCUUCCAUCAUUUUGAAAACAUUCUUUCUCAUGGAAUGACCCGGUAGCCAUGAUAAGACCUGUCCUUAACCCUCUGAAGUCUCACCCAUGUGAACCUCUGCAAGAUGUAUAUGUGCUGCAACUUAUAAUGAAGACUGGUUUCCUGCUACCUUGUGUGUCUUCAAGGUAUGAGGAGUUGCACAUGCUCUCUGGCAUUGCCAAACAUACCAGAGGUUAGUCUUCAGAGGGAUUGUUCUUUGCUCCUGAGUUUGUCACCAAGACCCAGAUGGCUACUACACAGGAUCGUACUAUUGCUUCAUAUCCCAUUCAAGCCUUGAAGUCCAAUGCAGAUGACCUCUUCUCUGUUUUGUGGGAGCCAUACAUCACAGCCCCACAAGAAUUAGACACCUAAGAGGCAUGACUUUAGAUACUUCUUGUGGGAACAUGAGUGGGCAGUGUGUCUCCAAAAACAAUAUUGUGCUGAAGAGGCAUUUCAUCUGUCAGGCCAAUUCAGAUUUUUUUAAAAGAAGAGGCUGAUCUAGUAAGAACUGUGCAUGAGAUCAAGGUUAUAUCAACUUCUCUGGGUUUCAGAGGUCAUCACCAAUGUAGGCAUGUGGAGAUGCUGUCUCAACUUUUACAAUUGCCACAUUUCACCUUGGGGAUACAAUGCACAAGGGGAUGGGGUUAUACUCAUUGGAUCAGUAGCAGCAGGACAAGUUUUACCGAUGAAAGAUUUUAAUACACCUCUUUAUCCUUCUAAUUAUCACCCUUGUUCACUCUUCAAUCAAUCUUAUAAGAAGUAAUCAUCCUUUGUAAUUAGCAUCCUUGUCAUACUUCAUGGUUUGUUGAGCUCUGUGCAUUUUUUGUGAUAGGUCAAGGGUAUUUAUUUUACACCAUGUUUGUUCAGCUUCCAGCAGUACCUAGACAUUUGGUUAUGACCUAUUCUAUCACUAUGUGCUCUACUGGUUUCAACAAACUUAACAAAAGCAGACUUUCAACUAUUUGACUUUAUUAACUUUAGUUCUUGCGUUAUAUGAUUGAUGUGUUUAAUAUGAAAAAUGUUUACAACAAAAUGUAUUUUACUUAUAAAUGCAUCAGUUUAUUGGAAGUGCUCACAUCCCAUCCCCACAUCCUUGCAUAACCUCUCUGGCAAAGCAAUGAAUUGGAUAGUUACUUACAAUGAGGUGGAUAGUUACUUGUGACUGAUGAAUCACAAGUCUGUGUGCUUGAGUAGUCCCUCUUAGCUAUUGCUACUUUUGCAUACAAAAUGUCAGAAUUCAUGUAUGAGGACAGUCUUACCUUGAAUGAGUACUUUAUAUGAUUGACAGGUUUUGUUUUACAAAUAUACUUCAUUCUAUAAAAAUAUUUAUCUUUCUAUCUAUAGUUACACUUUGUGAUUUAACAGUGGACAGUAUAGGCUAUCAGACUUAGAAUGUUAAGGAAAAAUAAUUGUUUAUUAAAGGGAAAAACAAAGUAAAACAAGCAAAAGUAAAAGUAGGAAAUGAGUUAAUUGAUUUUUAGUUGAAACUGAGAAGAAAUUGAGCUCAAAUGUAAGGCAAGUUCUUAUGCUACAGGACUGAACCAAACCCCAACGUCUUGUGAUUCAUCAGUCACAAGUAACUUAAAAAGAAAAGAAUAUCUAUCUUUCAAUGUGCAGUUAUUGUAUUUACAGUCAUUGUUGAGGUAGCAUUCUUCACAGUUCAUUCAGACAUACACAGACACAAUUGUUUUUUUUUUUAAUCUCUUAUGAACAUGCUCAUAUUUGUGGUGGUUCAUGUUUUAGAGGAUAUGUAUCAAAGUAAUUAUUGUUGUGAUGUUAAGCAUAUUAAGCAUUUCUGUUUGUAACAUUAAUACUCACCUUGGCUUUGUCCACUCUUCAUUGUAUAUAUUGUGAAUAGUGUUAGGUAAUGUGCAGUUGUUUUUAGAAGGCAAAUGAUUACAUUUUACUGAGAUCAUAAAGUUUAUCCAGGUACAGAGACCAAGUGCUGCAUUGGUGUUGGAAAACCACCAUCUGAGCUAGUUAACUAGUGAGAUUCUCUUCACUUAAAUUAGGAGUGUUUCAUUGUCUCAUUUGAAGAUGAUGUUCAUAUGCCAGUUUUCUUACAUUUGCAUUUUUCUACUCAUUUAUUUUCACAUUAGUUCAUUGUUAGAAUUGUGGGUUCUUAGCUGUUUGUUCAACUCUGUUAAACAUAAUCAUAUGUGUGAAAUUAAACAAAUGAAGAGCGGAUGACAUCAUACCUCCUUAUGGUGUUAAGAUGACUAUUUUUCAUUGAAUGUUUAUGGAAAUUAAAAAGUCUUUGACUGAAAUUAUUUAGAAAAAUUUGUUUUCUGUAUUUUCUCUCCAUCUUCAUCAGAGAUUAAAAAUGACACACUUCUUUGUCCUGUCAAAGCACUUUAGAUGUAUGAGACAAAAAAUAAAUUGUAAACUAG